AUGCACACGAAACGUGCUCGCUAAUAAAGCCAGUGCAGCGGACUUGUAGAGUUUUUGUUAAAAAGCAGGUGUUACGCUAUUAAUUACAGAGAUGUCAAAGAAAGGGCGAGUGUACAAAUUAUAUCAAUAUUCAGACAGUGAUUUGGAGAAAGCUUUUGAAAAAUGCAGGAAUGGAGAGUCCUUCAGGAAAGUAGCUGCUGAAUUGAACGUUCCUAGAUCUACACUAUUCGCCAAAAUCAAGAAGAAUAUUCCAUUGCGUGCAAGGAGAGGCCCCAAAACGAUUUUAUUAAAAGAAGAGGAAAAUCGACUAAAGAACUGGAUACUUAAUAAAGCUAGAUUAGGUUUUCCAAUGCAUUCAGAUGAAGUCAAGAUUGCUGUUAAGAAAAUUUUGGAUGAAGCUGGACGAGAAUCUAUGUUCAAAGAUAACAAACCAGGAGACAAGUGGAUGCAGUUAUUUUUGAAAAGACAUCCAGAAAUAAAAGAAAAACUGACUGAACUGGCCUUGAAAAGUCAUGUGUGUGUAAGUGAGGAAAAGUUAAGAGAAUGGUUUAGUGGAGUUAAAAGUUAUUUAGAAGAAACUAAUUCAAUUAGUGUUUUGGAGAGACCUGAAAGCAUUUUUAAUGGAGAUGAAACUAGUAUUCCACUUUAUCCUAAGAGUGGGCGCCUAUUGGGACCAGGAAAAGAAAGAAAUUUUCAUGAAAUAUCAACUGGUAAAGAAACAGAAACAGUGACUGUGUUGUGUUCAUUCUCUGCUGCAGGUGCGUCUCUACCACCAAUGAUAAUGUUUCCGUACAAGCGGAUACCAGCGUACUUGACAAAAUCCGUCCCAGCUGAUUGGUCGAUAGGUCGUUCAGAAUCAGGCUGGACGGUAUCAAGUACUUUUUAUCAGUAUAUAGCAAAUGUUUUCUAUCCUUGGUGUGUGAAACAGAACGUGCAAUUUCCUGUUAUUUAUUUCCUGAAUGGGCAUAAAUCUCAUUUGUCUUUAGAAUUGAGUGACUUCUGCACAGAGCAUAAUAUUAUUUUGGUUUCACUGUUUCCUCAUGCGACCCACAUCAUUCAACCUUGUGACGUUGCAAUAUUUAGACCUAUGAAGUACAAAUGGAGAGACGUAGUCGAACUUUACCAGCAAGAAACUCAAGCAUUGCUUACGAAGGCAACUUUUGCUCCGUUGUUUAAGAAAGCUUUUGAUAGGCUAAGUGUUGAUACAAUAAAAAAUGGCUUUCGAAAAUGUGGAUUAUAUCCAUUCAAUGCAGAUGCUAUUGAUUACGACCGGUGCAUAUCAACUCGUCGACAGCAGAUGAAGGGUAACGUUGGUAUUGAGGAGACAAGAGUAUCAUUAAAGCACAGUGAUUUUAUUUCGACCAAAAAAUUCUUUGAUUGCUUCCUUGAAAAACGAAGAAUACAGGAAUUUACUGAAAUAAGAAAGAACAAUCAAAGUUGUAAUGACGAAACAUACUUAUUGUGGAAGACUUGUAUUGAGAAGUUAGAAUUAGCAGAGGCAGAAGAAAGUCAAUGUACAAAAGAAACUACAGCUGAAAAUCACUGUCAACAUAAUUUUAUGGAAGAUAAUGUCAGCACGAGUGACGAUGGUUGUGACGGGAUAGCGAUUGAAAGAAGUGAAUAUUUUGAAUACUUCGUCGCAGCCCAGUCAAAGUGUCAAAGAUGAAACUAGUCUAGUUACCCUGAAUUCCGAAGAAAGUAUGCAGCUAAUACUAACAAUUUCUGUAGAAGUAGAAAAUAACGAGCG